AUGUCUGACACUGACUCAGAAUUAUCAACAGAUGGUGACAAUAACAAUGAGUCUCCUUUUUUCAACCAUUAUUUGGGUAGUCAUCAUGGAUUCAAUUAUGAACUCGAUAAUAUUGAAAGUCUACCUUUUGAUUCAGAUAGUUCUUCAGGAAGUGAAACUAAUUUAAUAAAUCGUACGAGUUCUUCAUCUAGUGAUAAUGAAACAUUAUUUAACACCUCAUCAGACGAUUUAGAUUUACUAGAAAAUGACUCAACUCAUAGUUCAAGAAAUGCAUUGUAUUUAGAUCAUUUAAACAAAAAAAAGAUUAAAAAAAUGAAAACCACUCCUUCAAAGCCCAAUAAUUGGUGUCUUCCUAAAGAAUUAUAUAACAGAGAAAUCGGCCAGUAUAACACCCGUGCUCAGUGGGGUUAUAAGUUCUAUCAAUCAGCGUUUGCUGUACAUAAACUCAAAUUGAGUAAACUCUUAACAGGCCAUGAAGGAUGUGUAAAUUCACUAGACUUUAAUAAAACUGGUAACAUAAUAGCAAGUGGAUCUGAUGAUUUUAGAAUAUGUUUAUGGGAUUGGUCAAAUGAUAAAUGUUUACUCAAUUAUAAAACUGUACAUACUAGAAAUAUAUUUCAAACUAAAUUUCUCACUACACAUGCAGAUGCCCACAUUGUAUCAAGUGGACGAGAUGGCUUAGUUGUAUUGUCUGCUGUAAGUGAUUCUGAUUGUAUAUAUAGUAAAAUAAUAGGACACCAUGAUCGCUCUUGCAACAAAGUUGGUGUACAUCACGAAACACCAUAUGUAGUUCUCAGUUGUGGAGAUGACGGAAUUGUUAAAAAUAUAGAUAUUCGUGAAUCUCCUAUCAAUGAAAAUGAAAGAGUUACCAAUAUACUACAUAUCAAAAAUGUUCAUGGUACUUCUAUGCGUCUAUAUGGUAUUGACAUUAAUCCUUUGAAGCCAUAUGAGUUUAUUGUAAAUGGUAAUGAUGAAUAUGUAAGAAUGUACGACAAAAGACAUCUAAUCGAGGACCCAAUUAAAGUAUUCCAUCGUGAGCUUAAGGGUACCAAAACAAAAGAAUUUGAAAUGGCUAUUAGUGUUAAUAGAACUGAUGAUAGUGCUACUAAUGACACUGAUAAUAAUGAUCUUGAUGGCACUGAUCAUAGUGAUGUUGAUGUCGCUGAUAGUUAUAGUAAUUCUAGUUCUAGUCUAAGCAAUUAUUCUGACAAUGAUGGGCCGCAAGUGGAUUUAAAUUAUUUUAAACAUAUUACAUCUGCUGUGUACAGUUAUUGUGGAACUGAAAUUUUAGCUUCUUAUAGUGAAGAUGACAUUUAUCUAUUUGAUGCUAAUGGUCGACCAAAUUCCGUUCUACACAAUUAUGAUGGCCAUAUAAAUAGAAUGACUGUCAAAGGUGUCAAUUUCUAUGGACCAAGAAGUGAUUAUGUGGUAUCUGGAUCAGACUGUGGACAUAUGUUUAUAUGGGAUAAAAAAACUGAAGCUAUAGUCCAAAAAAAACGUGCUGAUAAAAAAGGAACUGUUAAUGUAUUGGAAGGACAUCCACAUAUGCCAACCCUGGCAACUAGUGGUUUAGAUAAGACUAUUAAAAUAUGGGAACCUGUAAAUAUAUCUCAUCAGCGGAAUAAAAAGAAGCUCAGAUUGGUAAAUUGA